CAAUUUUAUCAUUUUAGAUCACUAGAGGGAUGGAGAAUGCUGUGCCUGACCUUAGAAGUAAAGCGAAAACUCACGUGACUGGUAAAAGAGCUGCUUUAGAAGAAAUAGGAAAUAAAGUUGCAACGAGAGGAACACACAUAUCUAAGAAAACAGAAUGCCCCAAAGCAUCCAUAAAGCCUGUGAGAGGACCUAGCAAGACGACAAAUGGAACUGUACUGCCUAAAGCUCCAGCUAUUGUAAAUCAAGCAAACAAAGAAACUGAUGUUCCAAAGGUUCCUGUGUCUCCUGUCCCUAUGGAUGUAUCAAUGCAAGAGGAGGACUUGUGCCAAGCCUUCUCCGAUGUGUUGCUCAACAACGUAGAAGACAUUGAUGCUGAGGACUGGGAGAACCCCCAGCUGUGCAGUGACUACGUGAAAGACAUCUACCUGUACCUGCGGGAGCUCGAGCUGCAGCAGGCGGUGCGCCCGCACUACCUGGACGGGAGGGCGACCAACGGGCGCAUGCGCGCCAUCCUGGUGGACUGGCUGGUCCAGGUGCACUCGAGGUUCCGCCUCCUGCAGGAGACGCUCUACAUGUGCGUGGCCAUCAUGGAUCGCUUCUUACAGAGUUAUCCAAUACCUCGCAAGAAGCUUCAGCUGGUGGGUGUAACAGCGCUGCUUGUAGCUUCAAAAUAUGAAGAGAUACUCUGUCCUGAUGUAGCAGACUUUGUUUACAUUACUGACAAUGCCUACACCAGUAAUGAAAUUAGAGAAAUGGAAAUGAUUAUUCUUAAAGAAUUAAACUUUGACCUGGGGCGACCUCUUCCAAUUCACUUCUUAAGAAGAGCAUCAAAAGCUGGAGAGGCUGAUGCUAAGCAACACAGUCUAGCAAAAUACCUGAUGGAGCUGACACUGAUAGACUAUGACAUGGUUCACCACCGGCCUUCAGAGAUCGCAGCCGCCGCACUGUGCCUGUCUCAGAAGGUUCUGGGGCAGAGCAAAUGGGGUACAAAGCAGCAGUACUACACUGGCUAUGCAGAAGACAGUCUUGUGAUGACCAUGAAACAUAUGGCCAAGAAUGUAGUCAAAGUAAAUGAGAAGUUAACCAAACACAUUGCCAUCAAGAACAAAUAUGCAAGCAGCAAACUACUGAACAUCAGCACCAUCCCUCAGCUGAACGGUGAGAUCAUCAAGGAUCUGGCUGCAUCACUCCUGUGAAUCCCUGGGCAGCCAGGGCCUGAUGGGGUGUGCACUCUGUCUGCUGCUUUUGUACAUAGCAUUCCAGCCUCCCACACACACUUACGAAUCACACAGAAGGUGACAUUUUAAAUUUGCUUUGUAAUACAGUUUCUAUCUAAAAAUAAAACUCCUUUCUUUUAAAUACUGAGUGUGACUCUUUAAGGUACAACUUAGAUGUUUGCAGUGUAAUGUCCAAGUGGGACAUUUGUCUAAAUAGGUGAUUGUUACAACUUGCAGUUAAAUGGGCUUGAUUAUUCUCAGUGGUUGUUUCCAGAGGGAAUCUCCAAGCUUUAUAUAUUGCAUUAUAUUUAUUAUUUUCACUUUCAACAUAAAGUGGAGGGAUACAGUGCAUAUUUUUGUUGUACCUUAAAGAACACUAAAUAUGUACUUUAUUUCAGUGUCUUGUUUCAAUAAGGUAUACUAACGGGUAUUAACCUUGUAAAGUUUUGUGUUUCUCUCUGUGCUUAAAAAAAGGGAGCUAAGGUAGAAAAAUUGGAACUCUCCUGUAAUGCUGACAACUGUGCAGGGAAUAGAGGUGUGGAACUGUGGGCAGGAGACCUUUGAAAAGCAGCUUUGAAAGCAGCUCAGCCCUUGAAACCUUCUCCACUUUCUGAAAAUAACCCCCUUAGGUUUUUCAUUAUCUGUUUGCUUGCCCACAUCUUUUUCCUUCUCCCUGCUUCUCCAAUAAAGCUCUGUACCUGGGAUUAUAGAGUCAAACCCAGCAAAAGGCAGUUCUUGUCACUUCCUGGACACUUUGCUUGCUUUUGUCUUUGUUUCUAAUCUAAGUGUCAGUGUCUGUAUCCUCAGGGAA